AUGAACUCCCUCCGAUCAGCGGGCAACUGGAUCUCCAACAAGGUCCAGGGCGGCGCCCACUCUGCCAGCAAGGAGACCAACAAGCAGAUUGCCAAAGACCCCAAUGUCCGAACCUCCACUCGCGUGCGAGCCGCGGGCAACGCCAUGAAGGACAAGGUCCACGAGACGAACCACAACCGCCAGGCAGAUGUGAAUAGGCAUGCGGCCAAGCAUAACUACUGA